UGAUGAUGGCCGGUGGGAAAGUGGUCGAGACCAUAGCCGUGAACAUACUACGGAUUAUGGAAGUACCAACUAUCAAGAUAGGGGGUGUGAUCUGCCCCCGAGGCGCUUCACACCCGUGUGCUAUGAGUGUGGGAGCCUGGGCACUAUCGUAAGCAGUGCCCAAAACUGGUUGGAGAGGGAAGCUCAAGAAGCACGAUGCCACACGGAAGAUCGCACUCGCCUGAGCGACACGGGAGAGCUCACGAGAUUAGAGCUACUUCGGAAGACCCGUUACUACGACGACAAAUUGAUGAACUAGCGACCUCGAUCGCGAAGAUGAAGGAGCACAUGGAUGUUGAGAACAAGAAGGAGGAGAAGGUCAAGCGUAAACAGGAGAAGUUGGAGCUGAAAUGGCGAGAAGAAGAAAUGAGGUGUGCAGAGGAGCAAGCACGUGUGGAGGCCGAACGACGGAAGAAGCGCGAGGAGAAGAAAUUACGACAAGUUGUCGAAGACCGGGAGCAGAUGAAGAAGGAAAUGCGCAUGGAGAUAUCUAGGCAUAUUGGGGGAUUAGGAGAGAAACUUGUCUACUUGCCCGAGCGCGGCGAUCACCAGGAGGCUGAAGAUAAACGAGCUGCUAAAGCAAAAAAAAAGGUGGAGUUGAUGUCGUCGGACGAUGGAACUGACGACUCGUAUGAGAGUGAAGUAGAAGCCCUAAGCAAUCGUACCGAGCAACUUGUCAUUUUCGAGAAGAGGAAGUGUGUGGCGGAUCAACCUAUUGGAGAUAGCCCGCCGAUGGAAACGUUGGCGAAGAGGAUGGCUAAGAGGCGUCUACACUACAAGAUCUCUUCGAUAUCAACGUCUUCAGAGAGUGUUAGGCGUCCUCUGAUGAAGCGCUCACCGACGGGGUCGAUACCGCGUCGGUGCACCACGAGCAAGAAGAAGAUCCCGACACCUCCGGGAUCGUGUGGUAAACUGAAGUUUGUUACCGAUACUCUUCGUGUACUGGGAAAAUUGAACGUCGAAGAGUUGAAACACUUGUGUGCUCAAGAGGACGUGCGGCUGGGAGCUGAGAGCAGAAAGAUGCAAAUUAUCUUGGCAUUAACAGACAAGUGUACCCAGGUGGCAUAUGGCGAGGAGGAACCUGCGGACGAACCUGGCGAGAGUGAAGGAGAUGUAGCACAGUAGGAAGGGGAGAGCGACGAAAAAAGGGAUGCAUGUAAUAUCAUGGAGCUAUGGUUUCUAUGUAAACGCUUGAUCGAG